CAUUGCUGGCAUUUUCCACAUUCUGCUCGGGACGCUGACUUAAAGGAGGUUUUGCUCCAGCGCUGGGGUUGCAUGUGCAAAAUUUACCAAGGGGGUGUCAGGAAUUUCAAUCUUUGCUUCCAAAACAGACUGGCAGCAUGGGGGUCGAUGCGAGGAAGGCUACGCACUCUAUUUUCUAGCAUCUUCACUUUGAGACUUGGGACAUACAAGAGGCCGUAAAGUCUCCUCCCGCCUAACUCUCGCCACGGAGUGACAUGCAAACGGUCGUUGUGCGAAAGUCGCUUGGCUCAGGGAAAAUCUUCCACACUGGUGCUGUCUGUGGGAAUGCCUGAGGGAAAGUAAACGGGAUUAUGUUGGCCGCGACGUUCACGGCGGCACUAAUUUAUCUCACGGUGCAAAAUAGCGGUGCCUUGGCUUUGGGCACUGCAUGCUGGAACGAGAGGUUGACACGGGCGGGCAGACACGGCAGUUGUGUUGUUUCGCAGCCUUUUCUGAUCUUCGGCCAUGGUAAAGCCAUACACAGGAUGGACCUGGACGGGAAGAACCAGAGACGCCUGGUGGCUGGGGUGGCAUCUUCCAUCUUGCUUGAUUUCCAUUUCCGUGAAGAACGAAUCUACUGGGCAGACAAGCACGCUGGAAUCAUCUACAAGAUGUCCGUGAGAGGCUUGCAAAGAGAGAAACUUUACUCAUCUGACAAACACAUCUCUGGCCUUGCGGUGGACUGGAUUCGGAAUGCCGUGUACUGGACGAGCAGGGAAAAGGGCAAAAUCAAGACGAUGGAUACAAACGGCAAAAGUGAAAAGACUCUUGUGAGGCACUUGACUCAGCCUAGCUCGAUUGUCAUCGACCCCACUAAAAGGUUUUUGUUUUGGCUAUCUGGUGGAAUGAUCCCAGGCGUCCAUCGGUGUGAUGUUAUAGGACAAGGUAAAGUGAGGCUGAUUAAAACCUUGCAGCAGUUGAAGGCACUGUCCAUCGACCACAGAGACAGAAGAUUGUUCUGGGUACAGUUUGGUCUGCAAGAAGAAAGUGCCAUCGCCUCCUCAGACUAUAACGGCAAAGCCCUACACAUCAUAGAUCAGCCCCUUCAGUCCGAUUCGCUGAGAAUAACACUUUUCUACAAGCAUGUGUAUUACACUGACGCUGCGUCCCGAGCAAUAAAAAGAGUCAACAAGUACACAGGCGGCGAGGGUUUUCACGUCAACUUAAAACAAAUGGCAAAGGUCCCAGUUGAUAUCAAAGUGGUUCAUCCUGACAAGCAGCCAACGGCCGACUCGCCAUCACUGCUUCAAGGAUGUGAUGAACAGAGUGGAAACUGCAUCAAUGUGUGCUCAAGUACAGCUGAGCAGGGAGUUUGUAAGUGCAGCGGAGGCUUUGCUCUCAGUAAGAAUGGCUUCUAUUGUGAAGAUGUGAAUGAAUGUGCCCACUGGAACCAUGGUUGCUCUCUUGGCUGUGAGAACACCCCAGGGUCUUAUUUCUGCACUUGUCCCAAUGGAUACACCCUUCUACCGGAUAAAAAAACAUGCAGAGAGAUCAUAUCCUGUGAAGGCAACACCACUGAGUGUGGUCAUGGUUGCCUAGCAACUGAUGAGGGGCCCGUAUGUGUUUGUCCAAAGGGUUCUGUAUUAAACGAAGAUGGACAGGCUUGUACAGGAUGCUCCUCCGCAGACAAAGGAGGCUGUAGUCAGCUGUGCAUUCCUAUCUCCCCUACUAGGUGGCUAUGUGAUUGCCUGCCUGGCUAUCAGCUCCAUCAAGAUGGCAAGCGCUGCAUUGCCUCUGAACCAUCACCAUAUCUGCUUGUUGCCACUCUGGUGGCUGUGCAGACAAUAAACAGUGAUGGCACUGAGGGCCAAACCCUUGUGGAUGAGCCCAGAGGACCAAUUGGAUCUUUGGACUAUGACCCAGUGUCAAACCAUGUGUACUUUGCCAGCACAUCUCAGAAAAUCAUCGAACGGGUUCAUAUGAAUGGCGGGUCCAGACGGAGCCUUGUUACCGACGGUCCAGACUCGAGUAACGGGCUGGCUGUCGACUGGAUCCAUCGCAAGAUUUACUGGACUGUUACGAGAAAGUCAGCAGUGGUCAGCAGUACCUUGGAUGGACUCAAUGUGACAACUGUAGUAAGCAGUGGACUCGACAAGCCAACAUCCAUCACAGUUCAUCCUCUGGAAAAGAAGUUGUUCUGGGCGGAUAUCGGACAUCAACCUAAAGUGGAAAGCUGUUCUUUAUAUGGGACGGACCGCACAGUGAUCGUGAAUACCAGCCUGGUGUCACCCGGAGGUCUGACUAUUGACUUCGCAGAUAGUCGUUUGUACUGGUGCGACGGAGGCAGGGUAGAGACGUGCGCCCUGGAUGGUUCUAAGCGACUGAUCUUGCUAGAGAACCAUGUAGGCCAACCAUUUGACCUGGCCGUGUUCGAGGACAGGCUAUGGAUGGUGGAUAGGGAGCACCAGCAGCUGAUGAGCGUCCACAAGCGAACGGGGAGGGAACUGCAACGUCUCCUUGGUGACCUGGUCCAACCUGCGUCCCUUGUGGUGGUGCAUCCGCUUGCUAAACCAAAUACAGCAAGGUUAGACAACAAGCCUGUGGUUGUGACAUCAGUCCCAGACAAAGCACUCAACGAUGAAAGCACACCGCAAAUGGCAUUGAACAGAACUGCCCUGGACUCGGAUUUUGAAGCGAAGACAUUCACAGACAAGAUGGUGUCAGGCGAGCGCAAGUGUUAUUCGGCAGAGCCGUGCGGUCCAAACGCCAAGUGUCGCGUGAAUGCCGGCAGCCCGACCUGCUCUUGUCUCGAAGGUUUCAUCGGUGAUGGACACAUGUGUGUGGAUUCACAAAAAAUGCCGCCAUCGAUGACGACCAGCCACCCUGGAAACUCUGUUGAGAGUUGUCCCUCCACCCAUGAGUCAUACUGCUUGUACCAGGGCAUCUGCUUCUACUUCCCUGAGGUGGAGUCCUACGCCUGCAAGAAUUGCCAUUUUGGGGGAACUCAACGUUCCAACAGUACUCCUCCACCAAGUUGGAAAAGAUUAUGCUUGACACCAAUUUCACCAUUGGACAAACUGGUGUUACAAAUGUGUCAUCCCAUAACUAAAAUAAUUGUAAUGCCCCAUCCACAAAAUUAAACAAAGUGUGACAUUUUGGCUUGAGGUAGCUGUUCUGGCGAAUUAUCGUACUUUGACCAACUUCUACUAGAGCAUUUGCCCAAAUCAAAAGCUCGAAUCUUCAACAGAUGAGCAAUACGGAGUCAGCCAAAUUGGUAUGAAGGAAUUUUAGAAUAGGCCUCUCUGGCACACGUAAUUAGAUAGCUUGAGCUAUGCCAUUAUCUUGCUGUGCCCCUUAUCUUGCUUUCACUAUCCUUCCGUUCUUUAUGAAACUCUUUGCCCAUAUACAUAUUAGAUGAUUUCCGUUAAGACUGCAAGGUCACACAUUAUCACACAGGCUAGGCAGUAUCGUCCUCUUGUAGGUGGCCGGCCAAGAGUAUACGUACUGGAGGUGGGGGUUAGACCUUCUUCCGCAAACUCGCAAAAAAGGCUCCACGGCCAUGUCUCAAUCUUUCGGGCACACAUCCAUUUUCCAUACCGCUUGUCCCCACGGGGGUCAGGGGCAUGUUGGAGCCUAUCCCAGCAGUCAUCGGGCAAUAGGCGGGCAGUUGACACCCUCAACUGGUUGACAGCCAAUCACAGGGCACGCAUAGAAAGAACAACCUUUCGCACUCGCACCAAUGGGCGAUUUUGGGAACGUGGGUAAGAAACCGGGGUACCCAGAGAAAACCCACGCGAGCACGGGGAGAACAUGCAAACUCCACACUGGGAGGGCCAGAGCCGAAAUCGAACUCGCAGCCUCUGAACUGUGAGGCAGACGUGCUAACCAAUGCUCUACAUGUCGCUCCUUUCUGGGAUACAUUGAAUAAUUAAACUGAGAAUGCAGCCUCCUAGUGAUUACUGUUAGCAUAGUGAGCAUUGAAGAUAAAGUACUGGCUAAAUAUAACAGAAGUCAUUUGUGGCAAAUUCCAGGGCUUAAGUCCAGCUCGGGAAUUCGCCAUAUGAACCCCAGUCGAGAGCAAAAAAAAUAGCGGUGCCAAAUUUAAGCACAAUAAUCAACACAUUGUUCAUUCAAAAGCUGUCUGACAGUGUUAGCCAGGUAUUAUCAUCACAGCAAAAGAUAGUACUAGUAAUGGGUUGCUCAACGGUCA